CUCUCUCUCUCUCUCUCUCUCUCUCUCUCUCUCUCUUGGAACCGCCAUUUCUGUACCUUCAUCGAUUUAUCUCCAUUGCUCGUGCAUGGCAGCGAGCUUGUUGGCCUGCGAGGUAUCUGACCUAUGUCUUGGAAAGCCUGCGCUUCGAUCUAUAUCCAUCUCCGCCACCGUCGCCGACGCGUUAUCGAUCGUGACGAGGAUUGACGAAGGCUACAUCAGCGUCUGGAGCUGUGGCGAUCACUCCUCUAAGGACGACUUGGAAUUGCAUUGUCGAUGCGUCGGUAAAGUAUGCAUGGUGGAUAUACUCUGUUUUCUCUGCAGACAAGAGAAUUUGUUGCAACCGGCGAUUGCGCUUCGAUCUCCGAUCUCUGUUUUGAUUCCUGAUGGACUUGGACUCGUUAGGCAUUUGGAGCCUCAUGCCAGUUUGAUGGAGGCGAUUGAUCUGAUACUCGAUGGAGUUCAUAAGCUUGUUAUCCCAAUCAAAAUGAGCACAAGCAAGAGGAAAAAGUACUUCCUGAUGAAAGCAUCGUCGAAUUCCGUCUCCGCUCUCCAUAACGAUCGAGAAUAUUGCUGGCUCGGCGCGGAGGACAUAAUCCGCUACCUCCUCAACUCAAUCGGAAUUUUCAGCUCUACCGCCGCGGCUCCUAUCAAUUCCAUGGACAUAAUUGAUAGAAACAACAUUCUCGCCGUAAACUACGAUGAGUCUGCUCUGUCUAUUCUCCCCCUAAUCUCGCAAGCGCUGAUUCACCAAUCCUCUGUCGCCAUUGUUGACUUCGACGAGAAAUUGAUCGGCGAAAUUUCGCCCUUCACGCUCAAUUUCUCCGACGAGACGGUGGUGGCGGCUAUUGCAACGCUCACAGCCGGUGAACUCAUGGCGUAUAUAGACUGUGGCGGUCCCCCGGAGGAUUUAGUGCAAUUAGUGAAGGAAAGAUUGGAAGAGAAAAACUUAGAUGCGGUUCUGGAGUGGGUGGAGGAAGAAUCAUCAACAGUCUCAUCAUCAUCGUCUUCAAUUUGCUCUUCUUCAGAUGAUGAGUUUGGAUCUGGAUCUGGUUCUGGUUCUGGUUCUUGUUCGGGGAGAAGUGGAAAGAUUGGUGGAUAUUCGGCGAGAGUAGUGAGGAGAUCGGAGGCGAUUGUUUGUUAUCCAUGGAACUCUUUGGUUGCAGUGAUGAUUCAAGCUUUAUCUCACCGAGUCUGCUAUGUGUGGGUGAUUCAAGAGGACGGAACUCUCGCCGGAACUGUUACCUUCGCUUCUAUGUUGGCCGUUUUUCGGGAUAGAUUAAAGUGUUUUUAAGAAAACAUUCACAAAAUUUCAAAGCAUUUAUGGAGUAUCUUGAUCUGGAACUCAAUAUGGAUUGAACACGAA